CUUUCAAUUGGCCGGAAUCAGUCUGUCGUGUAGCUGCAAGCUACAUUCUUCUAAAAGUAGUAGAAAAAUGCACUUAUCUCCGCUGUAAAUGGUAUUGCCAACGAGGUAUUUACCAAAGUGUACAUAUAAAGUCGUCUUUUUACGGGAACAAUGGUGAAGUACUUUGCCUGUGUGGGUCUUCUGAAAAGUUCCUGGGACCAAGUCUGCAUCGCUUUCUGGGAGCGAUACCCCAACCCCUACAGUAACCAUGUCCUGACGGAGGACAUCAUCUUCAGGGACGUUACUCCCGGUAACCGUCUGGUCUCUAGGCGACUGCUGACCAAAACUAACCGCGCCCCUCGCUGGAUGGAGAAGUACCUGCCGGUUACCAUGGCCAGGCACGCCUACAUCAUCGAGGAUUCCAUCGUGGACCCCCAGAACAGAACCAUGACAACGCUGACUUGGAACAUCAGCCACGCACGCAUGAUGUCUGUGGAGGAGCGUUGUGAGUACAGAAAACCUGACAACACCAGCUGGACGGAGAUUAACAGAGGUCGGUGGGUUAACCUCUACGGGCUCUCCAGAGCUAUACAGGAGUUCGGCCUUGCCCGGUUCAAGACCAGUGUUACAAAGACCAUGAAAGGGUUUGAAUACGUCCUGGCCAAAAUGCAAGGUUGAGGCCCCUCCAGGACCCUGGCUGAGCAUGCUACAGAGAGGGCCAGGGAGACGGCUCUGGCAGCUAAAGAGAAAGCUAAAGACCUGGCCUCACAGGCUCACAAGAAACAACAGUAUGUCUGAGCUGCCAGUGUAGGGUGAAGUUUCCCCUAGAUGCUGAUAUGGUUUUAAGAUUAGGAUUGGGGGCAGGGGAAUCUGAUCCUAAAUGUCUUCCUAGAAACUUUAUCCUGGAGCCUGAGGUGCCAGUGGGAGGAAGUAGACAUUGGCCCCUGUCAGACCUGCCUGGAUUCAAAGACUAUUCAGGAAUAAUUUCAAGUAGUUUAUCUGGGAUCGAUUUUAAGUAUGCCUGGCACAAUGGAACCAAUAGAAUACUGAAAACCCCUGCUCAUUUGGCACUCCAGGCAGACUCAAGCAAUUACAAAAAGUAAAUAAAUAAAAAUGUUGAAUAGUAUUUGAACUCAGAUCUGUUUGGCCCUAACUGCUUGCCCAGAGUCAGAUCUUAUUCACCCCCCUUAAUGAUUACAUUUGGAGGUAGGGGAAUCUGAUCCCAGAUCUGUGAUUUAAGGUUGCAAAAUUCCGGUAACUUUUCCAAAAUUCCAAGUUUUUCCAGAGAUACCAGUUGGAAGAUUCCCGGAUCAAGAGGUAAUAAGCAGGAAAUCUGAAAUCGUCCAACCAGGAUUUCUGGAACAUUUCUGGAAUUUUGUAAAUGCUUUGGUAAUGUUGCUCCACUAGGUGUGACUGAGCUUGAUUUGGAAAUGUGGUCCGGAGGCUUCGUAUGACGCAAUUACGGCGCUUCCGGAGGCAUGCAGUCUAAAUCAAACUCUGUAACGCAUCGCCAUGCGCCUCUCAAAUGUUGUAACAAUGCAGAGAGCUCUGUAUAGCUCCGCGUUGACAUGAUUGGUUGACGGUAGGGGGGGGGGGUCCUGUAUUAACACAAACUUACUUCCUUCACAGCAGCUCUGCGAAACGCAAAAAAAAGUAAGUUUUGCUCUUGACUUCUGCAGUAGACGCUGUACGACCCACUACAGAUGUUGUAUCGUACGUCACAGAAUGUCAACUGAGUAACUGUUAUUGUUGGAGGCAUGCGGCAGCKAUAAGGACAGGACAACACCAGUCCCACCCAGCAGGUGGUCUACUGUGCACGGCCGACGUCGCUCGGGUCUUGUCCUUUUUAAUCGGGAGCUUAGUACAAAAGACUGGUCCAUGUCUCCAGAAAUGACUCGUUAUGGUUUCCAUCUGGCUGUUUUUGUGACCGAUACUUUCGUAGUCUUAAAAAGUCUUAACACCAUGAUGGAGUUCCACACAGUUGGGUGAAGCUGUCCAUAGACGCUGAUCUUGGGUCAGUUUAGCAUUUCCCCCCCACUAACGUCUACGGUUAGGAUCGGGGGGAGGGAGAAGCUGAUCCUAGACCUGUCGGCCAACCCACCAUUCCCCCCCACUAACGUCUACGGUUAGGAUUGGGGGGAGGGAGA